GNAUUUUACACCUUUUGCUUCGAGUGCUAUUCAGAAAUGGCUAUGUAUAUUCGUGUAAAGCGCAACAAGGUGACCUACUUUGUGCAGUGUGAUCCAACUGAAACAACUUUAGAAAUUAAGCAGAAGUUACAGGGAUUAAUUGAUCAAACAAGCAAUAAUCAACGGUUAACCUUGGUAUCCACUAACGAGGUUUUGGAUGAUUCGAAGACAUUAGCAGAUCAGAAGGUUGAAAAUGAUGCUAUUGUGGGGUUGAGCAUAAGAAAAGAUGAUAAUGAGUUUGAGGAAGUCUGCAUUGCUCGUGUAGAAGAUUACACCCCAUUCUCAUGAUAGAGGCAAAGUAUAAUGGGACAGCUUUUGCUUUGAAGGUGUUUUGUGUGAAAAUGAUGCGUGAAAUAUGGGACAUGUGUUAAUCCAGAAUUAUGUUUUGACCUUGCCUACAUGUCAACAUUAAUAAUGAUGAGUCAAAACUACAAUGAUUUGUCAUGACAAAACUUGAGCGGAGGAGCAUGCGACGACAAGGUUUUCACAAAUGUUGUUUCUCUUUAUUUGAUAGUUAGGACAAAGCCACUCAUGUUGCUUUGUAGGUAUGAUAAUUACCCAAACAUGGUUGAUUUAGAUAAAAUGGGCAAUCUUUGGAGCGCUCUUGUAGUGAAUCAUAGCAACCAGGUAUAUUUGUUCCAGCCAUCGCGUAUUUUUAUGUACCGGUUCAUUUUUGGUAAUGAUUGUGAUGAUAUAAA